UACAACAGCAAUCUACAAUCAUAAACACACUCAAAGCAAUCAUUAUUACUCCACCCAAUCAUCAAAAUGUCGGCAUCUGAUCUAUCCCUCCCCAACAAGGUGGCUAUCAUCACUGGCUCUGGCCGAGAGAACGGUAUUGGCGCUGGCAUUGCACUCGCUCUGGCUCGUGCUGGCGCUCAUGUCACCAUCAACUAUGUCUCCGAGUCUUCUGCUUCCCGCGCUGCCGAUGUCGUCUCUACGAUUGAAUCGGCUGUCGGCAAGGGGCGAGUUCACGUCGUGAGAGCCGAUGUGUCUACUGCCGAGGGAAGCAAGAAGAUCGUGGACGAGACGCUCAAGGCUUUUGGCGUUGAUCACAUUGACAUCCUUGUGAACUGUGCAUCCUUUGUUGCCUACGGAACAAUUCUUACCAGCAAGCCUGAGGAUAUCAUGCGAUCGUUCGAGGUUGCAGUUGUCGGCCCUAUUCUGCUCCUCCAAGCUGCUUAUCCUUAUAUCCCGCAAGGUGGACGCAUCAUCAACAUUGGAAGCGUCAGUUCCAAGCUGGGUUUCGUCCAAAUGCCUAUCUAUGCCACCGCAAAGGCUGCCAUGGACCAGUUGACUUUCACUUUGGCCCGCGAGGUUGGUCGUGAUGGCAAGAAUAUCACUGUUAACACUGUCGCUCCCGGUCCCGUUUUGACGGACUCGCUGCCACCAGUGCCCGAAGUUGAGCCUGUGAAGGACUACCUCAUCUCGUUGACUCGAGCCGAAGAAAGAGUCGGAACGGUUGAGGACAUUGCAGAUGCUGUACUCCUCUUGACCAGUGAGAAGAGUCGCUGGAUCACUGGCCAGUUCAUCUCUGUCAGUGGUGGUAUCAAUGGAGGAUAGGAUCAGCUUGGUUCAAGACUUCUUCACAUCCGUGUAGC